AUGAUCAAAACGGCAGAUCUACUGGCCCUCCUCACCGACCAUGGCCGUCGUGGAACCUUGGAGGUCCUCACCAUCGUCUUCUUCCUCGCGCCCCUCGUCUACGUCGUCGCCAACGAGUUUAUCCGCUACAAUGCCCGCAUCAGCCGGUUAAAGGGUCCCAUGGGCCUGCCUGUCAUUGGCAACAUGUGGGAUAUUCGUGUCAACGCCGCGGAAAAGUAUCGCGAGUGGGCAAAGAAGUUUGGUGACGUCUACCAAAUCCAGCUCGGCAACAUCCCCGUCGUCGUUAUCAACUCGGCCGCCGCGGCCAAGACCCUGUUUGGCUUCAACCUGCAGGCCAUGAGCUCUCGUCCUGAAUUCUACACAUUUCACAAGGUCGUCUCUGAUACCUCGGGCACCACUAUUGGCACGUCGCCCUUCAGCGACUCCCUAAAGCGUCGCCGCAAAGGCGCCGCUACGGCUCUCAACAAGCCCUCGAUCCAGACCUACAUCCCCCACCUGGACAUUGAGUCGCGUGACUUCAUCAAGGAGCUCUACGAGUACGGCGCCGCUGGCAAGACGCCCACCGACCCCAUGCCCAUGAUCCAACGCCUGUCCCUCUCCCUCGCCCUCACUCUCAACUGGGGCGUCCGCAUGAAGAGCCAAAAGGAUAACCUCUUUGAUGAAAUUACCCACGUCGAGGAGGAGAUCAGCCGCUUCCGGUCCACCACUGGCAACCUCCAGGACUAUAUCCCGCUCCUCCGCCUCAACCCCAUCAACGGGCACUCGGCCAAGGCCCGCGAUGUCCGUCGCCGCCGUGACGUCUACCUCACUCGCCUCAACGACGGCCUUGACGCCCGCAUCGCCGCCGGCACCCACAAGCCUUGCAUCCAGGCUAACGUCAUCAUGGACAAGGAGGCCAAGCUCAACAAGGAGGAGCUCACCUCCAUUAGUCUCACCAUGCUCUCCGGCGGCCUCGAUACGGUUACCACCCAGGUUGCCUGGUUCGUCGCCUUCCUCUCCCAGAACCCCGACAUUCAGGACAAGGCCGUCGAGGAGAUCCGCAAGCUCUACCCCGCCGACCGCCCCAUGUGCGACGAGCUCGACGACCAAAAGUGCGCCUACGUCGUGGCUCUGGUCAAGGAGUCUCUCCGCUACUUUACCGUCCUGCGACUGGCGCUGCCGCGUGCCUCCAUCAAGGACGUGGCCUACGGCGGCGCCACCAUCCCCAAGGGCUCCGUUCUCUUCCUCAACGCUUGGGCAUGCAACAUGGACUCGUCCGUGUGGGAGGAUCCCGAAGUCUUCCGCCCCGAGCGUUGGUACGAGCAGCCCGACGCGCCGCUCUUCACCUACGGCGUCGGCUACCGCAUGUGCGCCGGCUCCCUGCUCGCCAACCGCGAGCUAUACCUCGUCUACAUGCGCCUGCUCAACAGCUUUCGCAUUGAGAAGCACGACGACGUUGAUUGCCACCCCAUCACCGGCAACGCCGACCCCACCAGCCUUGUCGCCCUGCCCCGGCGAUACCGUGCUCGCUUCGUCCCCCGCAACCCCGAUGCACUCAGGCUGGCCAUGGAGGAGACGGAGGCUAUGGAGAAGGAAGAGGAUAGCGCCUCGGCGUGA